AAAAAUGAAAUCCAGCUCGGUGUUAAUACCCCUGAUUUACUUGCUUUCCUCUUUCAGAUGAUGACAACAAGCUGAUUGGUUGGGCAUAGGGGCUGAGUGACAGCUGAAAGUGUGUCAACGAUGGGCCGAAAGUUGGAUCUGUCAGGACUGUCGGAAAGAGAGGCGGAGCAUGUGCUGCAGGUGGUUCACAGGGACAUGAAGUUACGCAAAAAAGAGGAGGAGCGCCUCAGUGAACUGAAGCAGGAGCUCGACGAGGAGGGCAGUCGCUGCCUCCUGCUGUCAAGGCAGAGUUGCUUCAACCGGCGCUGCUGCAUCCGCUGCUGCACACCUUUCACCUUCCUGCUCAACCCCAAGCGCCAGUGCCGGGACUGCCUCUACAACGUCUGCAGGGCCUGCCGGGUCUACAAUAAGCCGGACAAAGCCUGGCUCUGCUCCAUCUGCCAGAAGAGUCGGUUAUUGAAGACACAGUCACUGGAAUGGUUCUACACUAAUGUGAAGACACGCUUCAAGAGGUUUGGCAGCGCUAAAGUAUUGAAGACCCUUUACAGGAAGCACUUGGUGGAGCACAGUGCACUUGCAGAGCUGACUGAGGGCAGCGCCUAUGAAGAGAGCAUCGGCAAUGAGGGCAGCGUCUGUGGGAGUGAUUCAACCCUCUACAGACAAUCUCGAGAGCACAGCAUGGCAGAGACACUCACUGUGGCCUUGCGGGUGGCAGAAGAGGCCAUAGACGAGGCCAUCUCCACAGCUGAGUUCGAUACUAGCAGUCAGGAGAAGCAGGAUGAGGCAAACUAUCUUCGGAAGCACAGAGGAGAGCUUGUUGAGGAACUGGCCAAAACUAUUGUGCAACAAAUCAUUAGUAGGAGGAAGACUGUGAGUGACAUAAAGGCUGAGUAUGAACAGGAUUGGUCGUUUGAACACAACAUGGACCUGCUUCUUCAACCAUCCGCAGAUGAUCAAGCCUCCAGCUCCUUUAAAAAACAACCGGGCCUCUGGAGGUCACACUCUGCCUUUUCACUGCUGGACAACGACUCUCCAGGUCUGGUACAAGAAACUCACCAGGCAUUGAAGAAGGAGGGUGCUGGCUCGGCUUUGUCUACUUGGAAGAGUGUCGACAGGCUGGACAACUCAGUGCUCAAGAGCCCAGAUGGGAACUGGAUUGCCCUGCAGAGCGCCCAGCUGUCGCGGCCCAGCCUGCUGACCAGGAGGAAGAGCCUGGUCUUCAGUGCCUUGGAGAGGGAGUCAGGAGUGGUGUCGGCCUAUGAAGGCAUGGGCUUUGACAAUGAAACUAAAUCUGAGCUGGACAGCUCCUGGGGUGCCGUCCUCCAUGAGAUUCACAGGAAGAUGACAGACUCCAACCUUAACCUCCCGGACGCCGAGGACAGGAUCUCACAAGGAUCGCCACAAGUAAUGGACCGCCGAAGCAGCAGAGACAGUCUGGUUUCAGACUCUGAGGGCAACUGGAAGCUUAACAAACCUGCGCUGGGUCUUCUUAAGAGGAGGCUGCAUGUGGAGAUCAGGCGACCUUCAUCAUCCCCCAGGACCAGCAUCAUCGACAUGAACUUUAACGUGGAAAGAGCAGGAGAGGAGAGCAGUGCGACCACUGAGCCCACCGGUCGAAAAGUCAGGAGGUCACGGAAGAAGAAGAAGGAGAGUGAAAAAGAGCCAAUAGUUUCUUCUCCUGUGCUGGAUUACAGCGAAAAAGACGACCAGUCCCAACAUACUUCUGAUGCUGUGACCCCUGACACUUUGACCUCUGGGGGCACAACCCCUGAACCCUUCAACCCAGAGAGUGAGAUCACCAGAAAUGGAGCCAAUCCGAUGGAGCAGGAGCUCACACUAAAACUGCAACAGCUCGCAGGCACAGUUUCUGACUCCUCUACGAUAGACGAUGGACUUUAUGGACAGAGAGAUGCUGACAGUAAUGCACAGAGCAAAGAAAAGAGACAAGGAAAUGAGCACAAAGAUGGAGAACAUAAGAAGCCAUGGAGGAUGGAGAUCGAGUUGGAUGACUCCAGACUCACGUAUUUAUCGUCUACUGAUGACGAGUUAGACCGAGCAAGCCUGAGUGAAGAAGAAUGGAAUGGGGAGAGAGAUGACGAUAUGGAGGAGGACUAUAAACAGCAGAAAGAGGAAAAACUCACUUAUAAACUCUGUCUGCUAGAAAAAGAAGUCAGAGCUAGUCAGUUUUCAUCCACGGAGGAUGAGCUGGACAGAGUUGGCAUCACAGAUGAAGAGAAGAGGACAGGAGAGGAGGAGGAGCUGGCGUUGAAAGUGAGCAGAUUAGCAAACCGAGUCAACGUCACCCAAUUUUCAUCCACGGAUGAUGAGUUAGACAGGAGAGGAGAAGAGAGGGAGAAAGCGAUAGAUGAAGUGACGUUUUGGAAACUGCAGGUGCAAAAAGCAGUCCGGGCGGCUAAAGUGCGGGACUUGGCCAGUCUAGUCAGCGCCUCUCAGUUUUCUUCCACGGAGGACGAACUGGACAAAUUUGGAGAGAAUGAGGGAGAGACGGAGCAGGAGGUAAAUGAGGGAGGAAUAGAGAGCAGUAUCGAGAUAGAAAAAGUGUGGGAGAGAGCAGUGGGAAAGAGUCAGAAGAGGAGAGAAUCCAUCGAAUAUUUAGAUAUAGAUUGCAUGAAAGAGAGAGUAACAGAGAAGACAGAAGAGGAUGAAGGGAUUUUCGGAAAAGUUGUUUUUAAAGAGACAGAAGAGAGGCAGGAGACACAGUUAAAAACAGGACUGGGAGCAGAGAGGAGGGAGGAAAGGACUGAGGAGAUAAUAGCCUUUUAUGAGACAAGAGUCGGACCAGAAAAUCAGCCAGAGGCGAAGUUGUUAGACAAAAAGGAAGGAGAGGAGAGAAGAAAGGAAGAAGAAAAGAUUAGCGAAAGCAAACAGAGUGAGGAAAAAUGGGAAACAGCUUCAAACAGUGAAGAGGAGGAUGAAGAAUUUGACAGAAUAAUCAGCAGCAUGUUGAUGAUGACUCUGGAGGACAUGCAGGUAGGAGCGUUAAAGGAUAAUGGUGAAAAUGGAGGGAUGAAUAGAGAGCAGGAGACAGAUGAGGGGGCGAAAGUUGUUUUAAAGGCAGACGAGGCAGGAGGCGCAAAAGAAAGACCAGGAGAAAAUAGAACUGAGCAAACUGAAGGAGAUAUUUCUACAAAACAGGAGAGCGGAGAUGCUACAGGCGGGAAUAAAAAUGAACUGCAGGAAAAAGACACAGAUCCACAAGAUAAACGUUUGGCAGACAAAAAACCUACAGAUAUGACAAGCAAAGAGAUCAAUGGUGCCCAGAGGACGUGUAAAAGAAUGGAAGUGGAUGACGAAAACACAAAAGGAGAAAUGACGAAAGAGUGGCAAAUGAUGGAGAGGCAGGGAGAUGCUGCAAUCUGUGAAAGCAAAGACACAAAUGAAAGACUCGAGGAAACCAAAGAAAAACACGCAGAUGACACGGAGCAGAGCAGCACCUCGUCUCUUCAGGAGGGUUUACUGUCACCAGAGGAGAUUCAAAAUAGGUACUCUGCAGUGUCUCUGCGCAGCAUCACCACCGAGGUGCUGAAGGUGCUGAAUGCCACUGAGGAGCUGCUGCAGGGAGUGGAGGGAGGAGAGGGCCCCCGCCUCUCCACCAUCUCACUGCCCCCCAACACAGACCCCAAGAAACUGGACCAACAGUUCUCCAGACUAGAGGAGCAUGUGUAUGUGGCAGCUGGCACAGUGUACAGUCUGGAGGCGGAGCUGAGCGACCUGGAGGAGUGUGCCAGGGGCAUCUGCAGCGCCACGUCUGAUAUGGAGUUGUCCUUCCUGGAGGAGCAGGUGGCAUCAGCAGCUGCCAAGGUUCAACAGUCUGACCUACAGGUCUGUGACAUCUCAGCGAGGAUUGCUGCUCUGAAGAGUGCAGGCCUCAAUGUGGACCCACAGUCCUGCCAACCUAAGACCAGGACCAUCCCAGUUAUGCCAGUCACCCUGGACUCAUCAAGACAGCUGAGGAGGCGAUUACCUGCACCGCCAGUGAAGGAAGACAAGGAGCCCUAACUCAUCCACCCAGGACCUCUGCAGUACCUCCCACACACCAGUGCCUUGACCUCAUCACUCUGCAGUCUACAGGCCAGUCUUAAGCGAUCCAUUCAGAUACCAUUUGCCUUAAUUUCAUCCUACACAAAACAAACAUGCCUCAGAUAACGCUGGACACUAGAACUGUAUGUGUAUUUUGUGUUGUUGUACAGUGUAAUAGUACAAGAAAUCAUUUUGGGUAAACCUUAAGGAAUGAUUAACCUUGUAAAGAGAAGUAGCAGGUUAAAUCAAUUAUCACUCACUAAACCUACAGACAAGAAAAUCCCUAAAAAUUGAGUCUUGCAAAAAAGCAGCAAUACUGUAUGUGCAAGAGAUUCUUUUAGAUUUCCUAACAGCUGGAAUAAUGCUAAAUGUUUUAAUUGUAAUACUUUUUAUAGAGUUCAUUUAACACUAAUAGUUGUCCAUUUAAGUCAUUGAUGAAUUAAGUCUCACAAAAAUAUGAACUGAAGAGACACUGAAAUUUUCAGCAGUAUAGCUACUGGAUAAACCCUGCAUUUAUACAGUUUUUAUUGUAAAUCAUAAUCAAUAAGCAGAUAUAAA